CCAUACAAUUUGAAACAGCAUCAAACCGCAUCUGCAAGCGCCGCCGCGAUGGGCCACCAAGCAACCGGCGCCGCCGCCGGUCUCCCGCCGCACGUCCUCAUCUUCCCUCUGCCGUUACACGGCCACGUCAACUCCAUGCUGAAGCUAGCCGAGCUCCUCUGCCUCUCCCACCUCCACGUCACCAUGCUCCUCUCCGACCACAACCACCGCCGCCACGCCGACGUGGAAUCCCACUUCUCCCAAUACUCCGGCUUCCGCAUCGCCACCAUCUCCGACGGCCUCCCCGACGACCACCCCCGCGUCGGCCAGCGCAGCCUCGACAUCCUCACGAGUCUGAUGAGAGUCGGCGGAGAAGAAUUCCGGCGACUAAUGGAGGCCACCGACGCCCUCAGCGGCGGCGGCUCCCGGCGGCGCGUCAGCUGCGUGAUCAUGGACGGCGUUCUCAGCUUCGCCGUGCCGGUGGCCAAGGAAAUCGGCAUUCCGAUCAUAUAUUUCCGUACCGUCAGCGCUUGCGCCUUUUGGGCUAAUUACUCCUUCAAAGAAGUGGUCGAAGCCGGAGAAGUUCCCCUGAAAGGUAAAGAUGAGGACAAAUAUUCGUACGGGAGCAAGCCGGAGUUGGAUUUACUAGUGACUAGUGUGCCGGGGAUGGAGGGCUAUCUCCGGCGCCGUGAUCUUCCGGGGUUUUGCCGAGUAAGCGAUGUAAACGAUGCUAUAUUUAGCAUGAUUGCAACCGAGACCCGACAAACGUCUCUUGUUGAUGGACUAAUUUUGAAUACAUUUGAAGAUUUAGAAGGUCCCAUUCUCGAUCAAAUCCGCAAACCGAUCCCCACUCUUUACUCCAUCGGCCCUCUUCACGCUCAUUUGCAAGCUCGACUCGAAACCGACAAGAAGAAUCGAUCCCUUCCGGCUAUUAGCCUAUGGGAGGAAGAUCACGCUUGCAUGGCCUGGCUCGACACCCAACCCGCUCGGUCCGUGCUCUAUGUCAGCUUCGGAAGUAUCACGUUACUCUCCAAAAAGGAACUUUUGGAGUUAUGGUACGGUUUGGUAAAUAGCGGGCAAAGAUUUUUGUGGGCAAUGAGGCCAGACUCAAUAGUCGAGGGUGACGGGGAAAGCUUUGUAGUCCCCGCAGAGUUGGAAGAAGGCACGAAGGCUAGAGGGCAUAUGGCGGGGUGGGUGCCCCAAAACAAGGUCUUGAUGCAUUCUUCCCUUGCGGCAUUUUUCACUCACAGUGGAUGGAAUUCAACGCUAGAGAGUAUUACGGUUGGGAUACCGAUGAUUUGUUGGCCUUACUUUGCCGAUCAAACUAUCAAUAGUCGUUUUGUCAGUGAAAUUUGGAAGAUAGGUUUGGACAUGAAGGACACUUGUGAUAGAGCGAUCGUUGAGAGGAUGGUGAGGGAUGUCAUGGAAGUUCGGAAGGAUGAGUUCUUUGAAAGGGCUCGUCGAACGGCAGAGUUGGUGAAGAAGGCAAUCAACGAGGGCGGGAGCUCUUAUGCGAAUUGGAAUCGGCUUAUUGAGUUCUUGAAGUCUACGAUCUUAUAAAGAAGCUCGAUUUUAGUGUUUUGAUAUACCAACUUUAAGAUAUUUGGCUUGGUAUUGUGUGUCUUUUUAGUUU